AUUGUGCCUUAGUCCUGGGCGGGGAGGGAAGGGGAGGAAAAUACUGGCGCCCCUUCUCUCCAACGCCGCCUUGAAAUAGAUUUGAGGAGCUGCCCUUCUUUCCCCCCUCCCCCCUUUCCUGCUGGUCGUUUGGCAUCUUCCAGACCAUGUCCACUGGGUCCCUCAGUGAUGUGGAAGAUCUGCAGGAGGUGGAGAUGCUGGAGUGCGAUGGCCUGAAAAUGGAUACUAACAAAGAGUUUGGGGCGUCCACCGAGAGCAACGAGGAGGGAUCCAAUGGCGAGAAUGGCUCCCCUCAGAAGGGGCGAGGGGCCUCGGGCAAGAGGAAAAAAGCUCCCCCCAAGAAGAGCCCUUUAAAUGGAGUGAGCCAGGAGGGAAAGCAGGUACAGAGAAAUGCUGCCAACGCCAGGGAGAGGGCGAGGAUGAGGGUCCUUAGCAAAGCCUUCUCCAGGCUUAAGACCACCCUACCCUGGGUGCCCCCAGACACCAAACUUUCCAAACUGGACACCUUGAGGUUGGCCUCCAGCUACAUUGCUCACCUGAGGCAGAUCCUGGCCAAUGACAAGUAUGAGAACGGCUACAUCCACCCAGUGAACUUGACUUGGCCUUUUAUGGUAGCCGGCAAACCCGAGAGUGACCUGAAAGAAGUGGUGAACACAAACCGCUUGUGCGGCCCGACGGCAUCCUGAGCCCCGCGGCCGGGCCAGCAGCGUCCGUCCCGGCGCGGCCGGGCAGGGACCCGCCGCGGCUCCGCCGCUGUCCCGGGCCCCGGGCACAGCCACGGGGAGAGCCGCUCUCCCGGCGCAGAGGAGACCAAAUGUGCCCUAGCAAAGACUCCGUCCACCCCGAGAGAUCCUGACUCUAUUUAACUUUAUUAAAUGCGUGUACAGUCGAGUGUCCUGCAACCACAGCCUUGCUGGUUCAAGAGCUACUAGAGAAAAGACAGAGAUCAAACAAAACCUACCCCGCGUAUAUCUUUUGUCUGAGACCUGUGAAAUAUGUAGAUGCCUAGAAAAACUGACUUUGACAGUCAUCUCUAUGAAGUAAUUCACCCUAAAGAUAUAUAGAUAUAUUUUCUUCAAGCAGAUUCUGCUCUAUUUCUGUGAAUAAACCUUC